AUGCCUACCCAUUUAACCCCCGACUCUCUUCUCUCAAUUGCACUAGCUGCCUUCCUCUCUCUCUCCUUCCCCACCACUGCUGAUGCAGGACUCACCCUCCCCCUCGCCCAACGCUUAACAACUUCGCCCUCUUCUUCUCCCUCAACCCUGUCCGCCCAAGUAUCCAGCCUCAGAGGCGAGUAUCUCAUUAACUUGCUCCUCGGCACCAAACAGGCCGAGAUCCUCGCCGUCGCCGACACCACCGGCGACCUCAUCUGGACCCAGUGCCUACCGUGCGACGAAUGCGACCAGCAGAAGAACCCUCUCUAUGACCCCUCCAAUUCCUCCUCUUACAAUCUCAUCCCCUGCGGCCCCGCCUGCGAUGCCGCCGCCGCCUUGGGCGCCACCUGCGGCAACAAUACCUGCCGCUAUUCCACCUUCUACCUCGACUACUUGGGUAAUUCCUCCACCUCCGGUGUCCUCGCUAAGGACACCCUUACCUUAGGCUCCACCGCUUUCACGAACAUCACCAUCGGCUGCGGCCGCGAUAACUUCCUCAUCUUCGACGACAACGCCCAAGGCAUGGUGGGCCUCGGACGCGGACCCACCUCCCUGGUUUCGCAAAUCCGAGAAGAGAUCGACGGCAAGUUCGCGCUCUGCUUUUGCCGUUGGAUAGCGACCCUGAACGAAACCCAAGGCAUCAACAACACUCUCGCGAACUCCAGCAAAAUCAUGUUCGGCGCCAGGGCGGAGGUUUCCGGCGAAGGAACGGUUACGAGCGCGGUGGUUCCCGGGAGCUCGAACUCGUCGUACAACCUGAAAGUGGAGAAGAUCGUCGUGGGGAAUGAAACGUUCACGUUGAACAACGUCGCGGUGCUGAGCACCGCGUCGCUCCUGACGCUUUUGCCGCAGGAGGUCCUGAGCGGGGUGCGGAACGUGGUGAUGGGCGCGAUGGGCAACCAGACCCGCACCGAAGACCCGCUUCAAAUAUUCGCGUUGUGCUACCAGCUGAGGUCGGACUCGGAUCUGGAUAAGGCUCCGAAUAUGACGAUAAGUUUUACGGGUGGGGAUUUGGAAUUGAAUUGGAAGAACAUGUUCCUGAACGUGUUGGAUGAUGUUGCGUGCCUUGCGAUGGAGCUUGCGGAUGGGGCGGAGAUAGUGUACGGGAACGUAGCAAUGGCGGACUUCAUGGUAGGGUAUGACCUUGUCAAGGGCACAGUGUCCUUCAAGCGUGCUGCUUGUGCCGAAUUGAGCUCCGGAUGAUUCGGGUUUGGGUAGGUUUGAUUGUAGAAAAAGAGAAAAUGGGAU